UCUUACUCGCGAAUUUUCCCAGCUGAGUUGAAAGAGACAUGGCGACUAUGUAGUUUAGGAAAGCAAGAAUCAUUAACUCGCGCCGGGAUUAUUUAGCUUUAAUUAAGACUCAUCCAGGCUCUAUUUUUUAAGAUACAGUCGAGCAGCGGAAGUUGAUGAGUUCACCAGAAGAGAGCCCAGAGACGAGUGGGGCCGGGGGAGGCACCAGUUGGAGAUGGUCGCACUUGAGAACCCAGGGGAUCUUAAGAAGCAGCUUGUGGUAGAGUUUGAGGGUGAGCAGGGAAUAGAUGAAGGUGGUGUCAGCAAGGAGUUCUUCCAGCUAAUUGUUGAACAGAUCUUCAAUCCAGAUUAUGCUAUGUUCUGUCGCAACAACGAAACUAGAACAUUUUGGUUCAACCCCAACUGCUUUGAAAGUGAUGCUCAAUUCACCCUGGUGGGCAUUGUCCUUGGGCUGGCUAUCUACAAUAAUGUUAUAUUAGAUGUACAUUUUCCACCAGUUAUGUACAAGAAACUCUGCAGUAAACCUGGGUCUUUUCAUGAUCUCCGGGACUGGAAUACAACACUGUAUCGUAGCCUUGUGGAACUUCUGGAAUACGAAGGUGAAGAUAUGGAAGACGUCUUCAUGCAGACUUUCAGAGUUGGUUACCAGGAUGUCUUUGGUACCAGUCUCACUCACGACCUGAAAGCGGAUGGAGGCAACAUUUUUGUUAACCAGUCAAGCAAACAUGAAUUUGUAGAACUUUACGCGGACUUCUUGUUGAACAAGAUGGUUGAGCGACAGUUUCGAGCGUUUAGGCGGGGCUUCAACAUGGUUACAGAUGACUCUCCUCUGGCAAAUCUUUUUAGACCAGAAGAAUUAGAGCUUCUGGUUUGUGGGUCACAGCAUUACGAUUUCUUGGAGUUGAUGAAAUCUGCGGAAUACGAUGGAGGCUACAGCAGUGAGACAGCAAUCGUGCAAGCCUUUUGGGAAUUGGUUCAUGACAUGAGCACUGAAGAUAAAAAGAAGUUGCUACAGUUCACUACAGGGUCAGCAAGAGUGCCAGUUGGAGGCCUGGCAAGACUAAAGCUAAUUAUUGCUCGCAAUGGACCCGACUGCGACAGGCUACCAACUGCCCACACCUGCUUCAAUGUUCUACUCCUACCUGAAUAUUCUAGUAAAGAAAAACUCAAGGAUCGCCUCUAUAAAGCCAUCAAGUACUCUCAGGGCUUUGGUAUGCUCUGAGUUAUCUGCAGAUUCAGGUAAGCUUGUGGCCUUGAGAAAAUGUAGCGAGUUAAAGUGAGACAUCGUGGGCUAUCUGCAGUGCCUGGGCUAUGGAAGACCAGCAAUUGGAGUGUUGUUGGUCUCUUUACUUGCUACUUAAAAAAAAAUGUUAUCCUAAUUGGCUUCAAUCUGUAGAUGUAAUUUUGAUAAUAGUCUUCACAAAUUUUCUUUCUGUAGGCAGAUAUUCAUUAUUCAAAGAUGUUUUCUCUUUUAAUCAUCAUCAGAAGGCUUUCCUCAUCAAAAGUCUCAAAUCUUGUGUACAGUAUUAGAUUUUUAGGGUCCCAGAAAAUUGGAUUUCUAAUUAUUCAUAUCAUAAAAGCUUCAUCAUAUUGUAAUGGAUAGACUUGAAGAAACUUUUAGAAUGCCCAGUUCUGUUUACUGGUCUUGUACUAAUUUCAGAGUUUCAGACUGUUUUCCCAAUUGAAAAAUUUAUGUAGAAAAUUUGGUCAAUAUUUUAUCAUAGUACCUGUUAAAAAAGCUAAAUUUUUAUUUAAAAGAAAUGAAUACAAAUGAGAUAUCAAUUCUUCAAGUUAAGUUAAAAAAUCACCAUAUGAAUUUUAUUUAACUUUUAAUCAUUCACAAAAUCAAACAAGCUGGAUAUUUGGGUAUACUUCAAACCAGCUCCCAUUAAAUCAGUGCAUCAAACGAUCAUAUGAUACACAUUUUUAAAAAGCCUUACUUCAUGCUGUUGCUUUUCUUUAAAAUCUGUCAAGUGCUGUCUGUGAGAAGAUUGAUGCUGUGUGACACAAGGUUAGAUACUAUAUCAGUGUAAACAAACAAAAUAGGAAAAGAAAAGAAAACACAACUUGGAAACAUUCAAAUGCAUCUCAAUAUUUUAGUAUUUUUGUAUGAUUGGUUGAAUGCAUCUAUGUUACAGCUAUCAGAUAUAUUGAAAGCGAAGCAGAGUCAAGAAAGGUAACACACACCCAGAGAGGUUGACAUCCCACGCAGCAUUUUGUUUGGCUGUCAAAGGUUUAUACAUUUUGUAUGUGAUACUUCAUUGAUAAGUGUAAAUAAAGAAAAUGAUAUUGAAA